AAACGCUCCUGCGAAUGCAGCGACAUGUCCGUCGACGAGCUGCAAAGGAAAUACACCCAAUGGAACAGCGUCCAUCAGACUUUACUGGACCCCGAGGCCACCAAACGUUUUAGGCUCUUCCUGGAGACUAAAAUAUCCGGGGACAAAGACGCCGCUAUACAGUACCUGGACCUUUAUGAAAAGAGUUCCAAGUUCCUGCAGGAAACUCAACAUACCUUUGCCCAGGACAAAGUAGAUAAACUGGUCGACCUUGGGCUUCCCUAUGAUCUGGAGCAGGAUUUAAAAAGGCGCGCGUUGAGUGGUCAGCGAAAUGACAUUAAUCUCGGUCUCUAUCGUGUCCUGGACAAAUGUCGGAAUGAGAUUGAGGCCAGCAGCGAAUUCCGAGAUUUCAGAAACGCUUUAGUAGGUGUUAAGAAACGGAAUCUACUCUGGCGAAGUUGCUAAUAUUCAAGGUGACAGAUAUUCAUGUUGUUGAAAGGUUGAGCUACAUGCAUCUUC